AUGACCCAACUCCUAUCUUUCCGAUCAUUGAUCGGCUUCAUCUCUAUUGCCGUAGCCAUGAUUGCCUUGUUUGGUGCUUCACCACUCAAAGCCUUUUCAUCGACUCUGCAAAGGGCAGGCUUUGAUUGGUACAACUCACAAAAGGAUGUGUCAUUUCCAGUAAAGACGGAUGUAGCAACAAAGGCGCCUGUUUACUUCUUCAGUCAUGGUGGUGUGAGUCUACUUGUGUUGAAGCCUGAUGUGCAAUAUAACACAAAGCACCCCGUAUAUCCUGUCCUUCAACAAAUUGGAAAGGAGAUAACGCAGAAAGUGAGGCCGAAGGCCGUAGUGGUCUUCUCAGCACAUUGGAUGGGAGAGGAGCGCGCCAUUCAUGUCAACAAUGCUGUAGAUACUCCUCUCAUUUAUGAUUUCUACGGAUUCCCCGAUCACUUUUAUAAAGCUCAAUAUCCGAACAAGGGUAGCCCAGAGCUUGCGAGCAAGAUCAUGGUCAUGCUUUCAGAGGCUGGUAUCCAAUCCUAUGGAAUGAAGCGAGGCCUUGAUCAUGGCGUAUUUUCUGGCUUUCAUGUUGCAGCCUUCAAUCCAGAAACCAAUCCACUCAACGUACCACUUGUUCAAGUUUCGCUCUUCAAAAACGAAGAUCCUCACGCCCACUACGCUCUCGGACGUGCUAUAUCUGCACUUCGGGACGAAGGAAUAGUUAUCAUCGGAGCUGGGAUGUCAGUACACAACUUACGUGACAUGCACCACAUGUUCGAGGGUAACACAGAGCCACUCCCAUAUGUUGUGAGCUUCGACAACGCUCUCAAGGAGGCUGUGGAGGCCGAUCCAGCUGUCCGAGAGGAAAAGAUGGCGGCGAUAUGUAAGCGGGGAGAUGCGAAACAAGCACACCCUUUCAUGGAUCACCUCAUGCCAGUUUUUAUCGCUGCAGGCGCCGCCAGUGAGGACUGGGGAAAGCAGAUAUGGACUUUACAUGAAGGCAGCUUCGGAUGGUCGCAGUUUCGGUUCGGCGAUGUUCCUUCAUCCUGA